CAGCCAAUCAGGCCAUCAGACAAAGUGAGGACUUUUAUUAAUGCAGAAAUGAGUGACUUCAUAAGCGCUUUGGUUUUAUUCGGGGCAGGAACCAGUUUCGCCUGUUCGGGCUUGUUUCACCACUUAUACCACGAGAAGAAGAAAGAGUUGAAGAAACUGAAGGAAAUACCGGUGUUCAGACCUGAUCAACGUUUGUCCGCAGUGUUGAAGUCGUCUCCCCGCAGGAGGCUGCACUAUGUUGCAGUGGAAGGUGUCGUGCAGGCAGACGAGGAGCCUCUUAGCAGCCAUUUUGUCCCAAAAUGCUUCGGUGUGCUUCGGAGGACAGUAGUUCAGGAACAUUCCGAAUCCUGGAACACCCUCACUAAAACAUGGCGCCCUCUGCUGGUGAACCGGAGAGAAACCAACAACGCCGUGCCCUUCUCUCUCGUCUGCCCCGGCUCCUACAUGGCCGACUUUGACGUGAAGGUGCAGGAUCCCUUGGCGGGCUCGGGGUACUUCCUGGAGCAGGUGCACCACCGCGUGAGGCGGGCCGAGGAUGGCCUGGUGAACGCGGUGUUGCGGGGCAUCGGCGGCGAGCGCUCGGUGGCGAUAGAGGAGAGCGAGGAGAUUCUGCGGGUGGGGAGCAGCCUGACUGUGUUCGGAGAGGUGCUGCUGGAGGGAGACCACGGGAGGAUGCAGGCGCCGCAAGAUGGCCGCCAGUACCUCCUGGUGCCCAGCAGCUAUGAGAGCUACAUGGAGCGGCAUGAGAGAGCGGCCAGCAUGUGGAAGAUGUUGACUGCUGCUACAGGCAUCACCGGAGCGUCGCUGCUCGCCGCUCUUGUUUACAACAUGGCGGGAAGACGGGACGAGAGAUCCAAAUAGUCCCAGCAGUCCUGACUAGUGAUGUGCUGAUCGAUACUCAACUGUAGGUACCCGCCGAUACCAAAUCUUUAUGCUCUAAUAUCGAUUCUCAAAUCAAAAUAUCGAUACUUUAGUUCAGGAGUGUACAAACUGUUUCCACCACCAUAUUGAUAUUUUUUUAUUUAAAACAAUUCUAAAAAUAGAUAUUAUUGGUGACCAAUCAUAUUAUUAUUAAUUAUUAGUUAUUUUAGCUUUUUCUAAUUACAUACCAAUUUUUUUCUCUUUUUUCUUACAUUUUUCAUGUAGUUUUUUCCCCAUGUAAAAAUUAAAUAAUAUUAAUAAAAUAUUUUUUAACUGCAUACAAUAGUGUGUCCGUUACACAUAUAACAGUGUUUAUUAUGGUUGUUGUAAUUUUCCAAAUUAAUUAAAUAAGUUUGUAUUCUUUUUUAAAUGAAAUAAAAUGUAAUUAUUGUUUAUCAUAUCAGGGGUGUCUUAACUUUUUCCACCAAGAGCCGCAUACUUAAGUCAAAAAUAUGUGGGGCCAUAUAGAUAUAUUUUUUUAAAUUCCAAAAAUAGAGUUUGUAUUAUUGGUGACCAAUCAUAUUAUUAUUAGUUAGAACAUUUUAGCUUUUUCUAAUUACAUACCUAAUUUUUUGUCUUUCUUCUUAC